UCUUUUUGAAUAAUAGAAGCACGUUGUUUUUGUGAGUUAUGGCCGGUUUUUUGUCUUUUUUUUUUUUUUUUUAAAGGCAAGCGAAACAAACGUCGUGGAUAGGGUUAUUUGUUGUUUUAUUCCAUCGUUCUUUCACUUACUUGAGGGUCGUUUUGUAACCUGUUAGGCUACAGUAAGUGUUUGGUAAAAAAAAACUCCAGGCGAGGGCUGAACACAGUGUGCUCCCCUCCACAAAUUUGGAUCGCGGCGCUGCACCGGCCAGCAGCAGCUCCAACACAGAGCUUGCCCGGAACAAACCAUUUCCUCACCCGGACGGGGGGGUGGUCGCGGUGCAGAGACCCAACAGGAAACGCAGAGGGGUGUUUUUGUGUCUCUGCCAGAUCCAGUCAUGGCCGACAAAAUACCGCCAGAGCAGGAAAACCCGCUGCUCCAGCAUAAGGGCCUGCCCAAUGGGAAAGAAGGCACCAAAGACGGGCUGCAGGCGAGGGGCGAGUGGGCCAGCAAGGCGGAGUUUCUCCUGGCCGUGGCGGGGCAGAUCAUCGGGUUGGGCAACGUCUGGAGGUUUCCUUACCUGUGCUACAAGAAUGGAGGAGGUGUGUUCUUUGUACCCUACCUGUUGUUCCUGGUGUUGUGUGGCAUCCCCCUCUUCCUCCUGGAGACCUCUCUGGGACAGUACACGAGCCUGGGAGGAGUCAGCGCCUGGAGGACUAUCUGCCCGUUGUUCGGAGGCCUGGGCUACGCGAGCCAGGUGAUGAUCCUGCACGGCUGUGUGUACUACAUCGUCAUCCUGGCCUGGGCGCUCUUCUACCUGAGCUACAGCUUCCAGGCGGAGCUGCCGUGGUCGCACUGCAACAACACAUGGAACACGGAGUCGUGUUUCCUCUUUGACCAACUCAACAAGACGACCAAUGUGACUAGCCUGCCUGAGAACGCCACCUCGCCUGUCAUGGAGUUCUGGGAGCGGGAGGUGCUCCGGCUCUCUGACAGUUUGGACGAGCUGGGUCCGAUCAGCUGGAAGCUGGCUCUGUGUCUGGCGGUCGUCUGGCUCGUUUGUUACUUCUGCGUCUGGAAGGGAGUCAAGUCCACCGGAAAGGUGGUGUACCUGACAGCCACCUUCCCGUACGCCAUGCUGUUUGUGCUGCUGGUGCGCGGUGCCACGCUGCCCGGAGCCAUGCAGGGAAUCAUCUACUACCUCAAACCCAACCACACCCGGCUGGCAGACCCACAGGUAUGGAUGGAUGCAGGUACCCAGAUUUUUUUCUCGUACGGGAUCUGUUUGGGAAGUCUCACAGCGCUGGGCAGUUACAACAAAUACAACAAUGACUGCUAUAAGGACUCUUUCCUCCUGUGCCUCCUGAACAGCGGCACCAGCUUCCUGGCAGGCUUUGCCAUCUUCUCGGUGCUGGGCUUCAUGGCUGAGGAGCAGGGCGUGGACAUAGCCACCGUGGCCGAGUCAGGUCCCGGCCUCGCCUUCAUCGCCUACCCGAGAGCCGUCGCCAUGAUGCCUUUCCCUCAACUGUGGGCCGUGUGCUUCUUCCUCAUGAUCAUCAUGUUAGGGCUGGACACACAGUUUGUGAGUCUGGAGGCCCUGAUGACGUCAGUGGCGGACCUGUACCCUCACCUGAUCCGACGGGGACACCGCCGGGAGCUGCUGCUGAUGUUCGUCUGCAUCGUCUGCUUCCUGGUCGGCCUGGUCAUGGUCACGCCGGGAGGUCUGUAUGUGUUCCAGAUCUACGACCAUUUCUCCUGCAGCGGAGCCAGCCUGCUGCUUCUCUCCAUCUUUCAGUCCCUCGCCAUCGGCUGGGUCUACGGAGCCGAGCGCUUCAGUGACAACAUCAGGGACAUGACGGGCUACAGCCCCCUGCCCGUCUUCAGAGUGUGCUGGAAAUACUUGACCCCAGCUGUGUGCACUGCAACCUUUAUGUUUUCACUGGUGCAUUGGUCUCCUUUAAAAUUGGGGAAAGGUUUGGUCGCUCCGGCCUGGGCCAGCACGCUCGGCUGGAUCCUCACACUUUCCUCCGUCUCCCUGCUUCCCAUGUGGGCCGUCUUCGCUCUUGCCACCACUCCGGGGACUCUGGCAGAGCGGUUCCAAAUUCUGUGCAGCCCCGCCAAAAAGUUACCGCUGUCCCUCCGGCACUUCCCCUCCAACAACUCGUCGCUGCCCUACAGCUCUGCACUGCCGCUGACUGACAAGCCAAAGGAGCCAAUCACAGACAUCAUCCAGGACCGCAUGACUUGAUGAUGGUCGGUGACAGUGAACCGUUGGUCAGCCAAUCAGGUGUGGCCAAGGGGAGGGUCGAGGUUAGCCACUGGGUCGCGAUUCAGCAGCUGGAACCUCGUCAAAGGGAGCGUCUUAACGGAAGCGAGAAGAUCUUACAACUGCGGCGUUGUUCGCCUGAGGACAUCUUUGCAGCCAUCGGUAUCCCACAAUCCACUGCACACUGAUCCACUCUGAAAUGAAACAUUUGGCCGAUUGCCGUCGAUACGCUAAGGUGAUUUCUGGAUGUUUUGUGUGAAGAUGUUGACCAAUGAGAGAAACAGCAGGUUUCUUAACUGAUCAUUGAAGACGCUGCACACAUCAACCAAAAGCGAAAUUUUCUGCUGGCUUUCAAACUCAAAUACCAAAAUAUGCAUUAGCCUGUUGCUCAACUUUACAAUCCUCACCUGGAUGCACUCUAGUUUUGCUGCCUUUUGGAGGUUAGGCUGUAUGAUUCUGGGAGAAGCAAUAAGUCCAGUUCAAACCUCCAGAGCUCAAAACAGGAUCUUUUGUGAGGGUCCGGUCCUGAGUCGAGACACAGCUUGCUUUAAGACCUGCCCUAACCCCCCCCCCCCCCCCCCCAGUCCCAGACUUUGUUCUUCUCCUCGAUCUAGACCACCUUGACCGCUUACAAUCUAUAGCUUUUUUUAUUUUAUUUACUAACUUAAUCACUGUACAUGUGGACCAUUAAAUCACUGCGCCUAUAGCCAUCCAGCAUUACGGAGAAACCUUCCACUUUACUCUCUCUAUGAGAGAUCACCGCUUGUGUUUGCACGCAUUCUUAGCUCUGACUCUCCUGUGUCAUCUGAAGUGACUCUUGUGUUUUUUUUUAUACCGGGAUCUCUCUGGUCUCAUUCUGCCUUUUUAUUUGUUUCUUCGCCCUCUGUGGUUUGAAUGGUUCAUAACAUGCCUUACACCCAGACCAAGUGGUGCCCAAAAACAACCGUUUACAGCCAAUAUGAAUGAAGCACUUCACUCGACGUCUUGGUCCACACUGACAGAAUCAGUGUCACAUAUCCAUCCCUCAAAAAAAAGUAGGCAGGAGAGAUUUUUGUACUUCUGUUUUUAAACUUCUUUUGUUUUUUUGUUUCAAGCUGAGGAAGAGGAUGAGGGCCACAUGGGUCCAUUUGUAUUUAUUUUUAAAUCAAACUUUACAUUCUUACUGACUUCUGAGAAUAAAGCUGGAGAUCUACUGACUCUACUUUUAAAAACAAAAUACUCUGUUUUAAGUCAGAAUAUUCAGCCUUAAAAUCCUGAGAAUAAAGUUGGACAUCAGAGAUUUAUGUGGAUAAUCUAACAUUUAAAUUGCAAUUUUAGUUUUAAGUUUGAUAUCAAAAUAGAAUUUUACAUUCUGGGAGAACGUUGCAGCUUUGAGUUAAGACUUUUCAAUCUGACGUCAGCGUUCAAAAUCUGUGAAUUUGGUCCCUGAAAAAAAAUAUUUCUUAGACCUACAAGUUUGAUUUUGGGGUUUGAAGUCCAAAUUCUGAGUUCACAGUUGAACAUCAGAGAAUAAAGACCGGCAUUUCUAAUUAGAUCAGAAUUCAGAGGAUAAACUCAGAAGUCUGAGCGACGGGGUAGCGACGCCGAUGACCUACGAUCUCCUUGGUGUGUCGGGGCCUUGAAAGUUGGGGAGCUCAGAUUAAAGAUGGAAUUAUGACUCUUAAUUUACAACCCAAAUACCUUUCUCAUGUGGCACUUGUCCUUUUUUUUUUCUCCGUGAAAAAACACACAAAAUUCCAGUGCAGUUCCUGCCAAACCAAAGGCACAACUUGCACAUCUAUGCACUGUACCAAAAAAGAAAAACAAUGGUCACUAAUCUAGUUGGGAAAACAUGCAAUCGUCUAAUCUGAAUCAGUGUGGGGUUAAUUCAAUAUGAAAAUGUUGCUGCUGCUGUGUUGAUGAUAUCAACACAGCGAAUCCUUUUUUUUAUUCUAUGCCCAAAAUAUUUAACUUACAAUAUUUAAAUAGGUUUUUACUAACUGCAAAGUAGCGCUGCCGCUCCUGGACGUUACAGCGUGUUGAACUGUAACAUGGCGGUAAUAUGCAGUGGGACUUUGGAGUGGCAAAUACAGAAAUCAGCUGUAAGUAGUGAGGGGAUGUUAAUAUUCUUUAAAGCGAAUGCAGUAUGUAAAUGUCAAGAAUGAUUACAGCUUUUGUAGAAUUAUGUCAUGAUUGUUUCGGUGUUUUUGCCUUCGUUAGCCUUCUGAUGCAGAACGACAUUAAGGGUUUUACAAUGAACACAUAUGUUGAAUGAAAAUAAAGACGUCUGUAUACCAUUUACUACUUCAAAACCAUUUGCCUUAUCUUGGUAGGCAAAAUCACUUCAAGUCAAUAUGCUGGUUUCCAUGUAUCAUUCAGAGUAAAGAUGUUUCAACACGGUGCAGUAUUGGGGCCAAAUCCGGGGAAAGAAAAUCGGAUAUUUGGACGAUAAAAUCCUAAAGUUCUGAAAAUAAAACCGUACGAGAAGAAAGUCAUAAUUUAUGUGAAUAAAAUUCUAAGAGAAGAGUCGACAUAUCAUGAGAAUAAAGUGGUAAUUUAGUGAAUAAUGUACAAUGAAUAUAAGAAAGUCGUAAUUUUUCCUGCGAAGUCAUAAGAGAACAAAGUCGUAGUAUAAAGUCCUUAAAUAACGCAAUAAACUUGUAAAUUACAUGCAAAUAGUCGUAAGAGAAUAAAGUUUGAAUAUGACAAAGUUGUACUUGAAAUAAAAUCGUAAGAGAAUUAAGUUGUGAAAAAUGGCUUUCUUAAUUUACGUGAAAAAAUUUGCAAGUCCUAAUGUAACAACGAUAAAGUUGUAAUUUACGUGAAAAUAAAAAAAUAUACAUUAUAUAAAGAAUAACAUAAUAUAAUGACCAUAAAGUUGUAUUUAUGUGAACAAAGUCGUAAGAGAAAUCGUGAUUAGACAGUCGUAAAAAGUCGUACUAUGAGGACGAUAAAGUCGUAAGUUACGUGAAUAAAGUCACGAGAGAAUGAGGUCAUCACGAAAGUCGUAAAUUCCGCGAUUAAGUUGCAGGACAAUAAAGUCGUAAAAAGGAAAAAUACAGUUGUAAUUUACGAUAAAUCGAAUGACGAUAAAGUAGUAAUUUACGGGGAGAUAGUCGUAAGAGAAUAAAGUACUAAUAUAAAGACAAAAAGUCGUUAAUUUGAAUAAAGUCGUUGGAGAAGUCAUGACAACAAGACGUUUGUACUUCAUGUUAAAAUAGUUGCAAGAGGAAAAAAACGUACAAUAAUGACGAUAAAGCUUUGAGAGAAUUAGUUCAUCAUGAAAAGACAAUAAAGUCGUUAAUUAUGUACAUAUAGUUGCAAGACAACAGCGUUUUUUUUCUGUCGUAUGGCCCCAAUAAUUCAUCGUCUUUAGAAGGGUUGAUUCAGCCUUUUCUGCUCUCAUCACCAUGCCGUCUUAUCAGAGUCUCUUAACGGGUUUCUUCAUUUAUUUACUGUACUGAAAGUCAAGGACAGAUUGUUCUCUUUUUGCGAAAACUUGUUAAAAAAAAAAAAAAAAAAAGGAGGGGGCGAUUACUUCUUGAUUGAGUGAUGUGUUAAAGAGGUUUAAAGAUAAAUUAGCUCCUUAUGCAAACUUGAACUUGCAUAAGGAGGUUUGCAGGUUUUUUGAGUGAAAUCCUCUUUUAAAAAAUGCUCCAGAGAUUCAGUUCACGGGACGCAAAAACCCAUCCGCUAUAUUUAUACAAGUUUUUAAUUUCCUUGACAUUGAUCUUAGUGUUAUCAUCUCUGUUUACAGGUGUAUAGGUGUGCCUCUUUAUUCAAAUACGGCCUUCUUUUGUAUGUGUAUUAUUAUUUUUAAAUGAAUAUAUGUAUACCUUGUGGAUAA